UGAACUGAAUAUUAAACACCCUGGGGCUGAGAAUCACUCACUUAGGAAAUUUUUCUGCUGCAGCAAAUGUUCUCCAAAAUGUCCUACUUGUGACCCUUUCAUGUUCCUAGCGGAGAUAAUACGGAACGUUCAGUGCAUGCUGGAGAACAAUCAAGUUACGCAGUAGCUCAACUGAAUAGAACACAAAGGGGGUACGAAACCUGAAGAGCAUGUGAGUCUGGGCUGCAGCAGGAUGGGAAAUGGUCAAUGCCUGGUUUUCUGAGCGUGUCCACUCUAUCCAGCCAUCUAGAGAAGGAUUGAAAGGCCCAGCAGAACCUUUAACAGCCCUCCAUACUCUGAAUGCAACUAAUGCACCAUCAUCCAGUCCAGCACCAUCCACCCCUACACGAAAGAUCUCUGCAUCUGAGUUUGAUAGGCCUCUUCGGCCGAUUGUCGUGAAGGACGCGGAGGGUGCGCUCACCUUCCUAAGUGAUACAGAAAGGGUACGGAUGCCGCUUCCUACCUCCCAGCGGCCAGGUGCAGGCAAUGGGACAGAUGAGGGUAGAGGUUGUAUGAAAACUGGUGGAAAUCGGGAAAACGGGGACCGUUGUGCUCGUCUGUUGGAGCUCGUACGUGAUGUUUCGAGUCAUUUGGACCUUACUGCCCUCUGCCACAAGAUCUUCUUGCAUACUCACGAGUUGAUAGCGGCAGAUCGCUACUCGUUCUUCCUGGUUUGUGAGGACAGCUCGAACAGGAAGUUCCUUGUUAGUCAGCUGUUUGAUGUUGCAGAGGGAUCCUCUCUUGAGGAGGCCUCCAACCGUGCCAUUCGUCUUGAAUGGAACAAAGGCAUUGUGGGAUAUGUGGCCGCCACCGGACAGCCUCUGAACAUCAAGAAUGCUUAUGAGGAUCCACGCUUUAAUGCAGAGGUGGACCAGAUUACAGGAUAUAAGACGCAGAGCAUCUUGUGUUUGCCCAUCAAAAACCACAGAGAUGAAGUUGUCGGUGUAGCACAAGCAAUCAAUAAGAGGUGUGGAGAGAAUACAACCUUCACAGAACAGGAUGAGAAGGACUUUUCAUCAUAUCUGGCUUUCUCUGGCAUAGUGCUACACAACGCACAGCUCUAUGAGACAUCACAACUAGAAAAUAGGCGAAACCAGGUGUUGUUGGAUCUAGCCAGCCUGAUUUUUGAGGAGCAACAGUCUCUGGAGGUUCUCCUGAGGAAAACGGUAGCCACCAUCUUAUCUUUCAUGCAAGCCCAGGGAUGCACCAUCUUCAUUUCGGACAGAGAAACAGCUAACACAUUCUCCAGUGUGUUUAACAUGGAAUACGAGGAGCUUGAUGGAUCUGUGGACUUCCCAAAUAGGGAAUGUGAUGUCAACAAGAUUAACUACAUGUACGCUCAGUUUGUAAAGAACACUAUGGAGCCACUGAACAUCUCAGAUGUCACCAAGGACCAGCGAUUUCCAUGGACAAGUGAAAAUCUACACUCCGCAAACUGUCAAAUUAAAAGUCUACUGUGUAUGCCAAUUAGAAAUGGGAAAAAGGACAAAGUGAUAGGAGUCUGCCAGCUGGUCAAUAAGAUGGAUGAAGCUUCAGGGGAAGUGAAACCCUUUAAUCGGAAUGACGAACAGUUCCUGGAGGCCUUUGCAAUCUUUUGUGGGCUGGGCAUCCAGAACACGCAGAUGUACGAGACAGUGGAACGAGCAAUGGCUAAGCAAGAGGUCACACUUGAGGUCCUCUCAUAUCACGCCUCUGCGGCAGAGGAAGAGACGCAGGCGCUCCAGGUAACUGUGGCAGCUACCAUCCCUUCGGCUCAGUCUUACAGACUGCUGGACUUCAGCUUCAGUGAUUUUGACCUCACGGACACAGAGACGACCCAGGCAACCAUCCGUAUGUUUGUGGACCUCAAACUGGUGCAGAACUUUCAGAUGAAGUACAAGAGUUUGUGUCAGUGGAUUUUAAGUGUGAAAAAGAACUACAGAAAGAAUGUGACGUACCACAACUGGCGACACGCCUUCAACACGUCCCAGUGCAUGUUUGCUGUGCUGAAGUCUGGUCGGCUACAGAAUAAUCUGAGUGACCUGGAGGUUUUAGCAUUGAUGAUUGCAACACUGAGUCAUGAUUUGGACCACAGAGGUGUUAACAACUCUUACAUCAAAAGGAGUGAUCAUCCUUUGGCUCAGCUGUACUGCCAUUCCACAAUGGAGCAUCAUCACUUUGACCAGUGUCUCAUGAUACUCAACAGCCCAGGUAAUCAGAUUCUCUCCAGUCUUUCUCUGGACGAGUAUAAGGCCACACUGAAAAUGAUUGAGAAGGCAAUUUUGGCCACUGACUUGGCCCUCUACAUGAAAAAAAGAACAGAAUUCUUCGAGCUAGCUAAGAACAGUCAGUUUGUGUGGGAAGACGACUAUCACAGAGAUCUCAUGAGGUCAAUGCUGAUGACCGCAUGUGAUAUCUCUGCUAUUACAAAACCCUGGCCAGUACAGAAGAGGAUAGCAGAGCUGGUUGCCACAGAGUUUUUUGAACAAGGUGACAAGGAGCGGAGAGAACUAAACAUUGAACCUAUUGAUUUGAUGAACAGAGAGAAGCAGGAUAAAAUUCCCACCAUGCAAGUGUCUUUCAUUGAUGCCAUUUGUACACAGUUAUACGAGGCAUUGACUGGUAUCUCAGAGAGCUGCUCCCCUCUGCUGGACGGCUGUAGGAAGAACAGACAGAAUUGGAAAAUACUGGCUGAACAAGGAGAGGAACGAGCUUCACUCAUUGGAGGACCGUGAUGGCUCUUUUGACACGCAUGCUUUCUCGGACCAUCCACGUUCAUUCCCAGCCCCUUUUCCAGAGACUGAAGUAGAUUCAAUUACAAUCACAAAAACAUUAACCACUCACAAUUUCAAAAAUAAAAAAGCAGCAUCCAGGAGCAGGGUUUUGGAAGGUUGGAUUAAAGAUGUAGCAGAUGAAAGUAACUUCUUGAAUCGAGUGUACUGUGCUAUUGAAGAGAAGUAUGGAUGGAUCUUUACCUGUCCAGGUAAACCAGUGGGUACUAAAGAAGGUGAUUGAGGUUUUGAAACUGUGACUUAACCAUGUUGACGCAAGAAAUGGGCAAAACAAGUUCAGCAUAUUGCAUACUGUUGAUAACCACAGAAAAUAAUUCAGUCUUUAAAAACUGUGCUUACAAUGUAAGUCUAUGAGGCAAGACAUUCAGGAGGGUUUAAAGGCAGAAAUGUGAAGCUUACAAUUUUAUAAAUGCACUUACAUUAAUACUUAUGUUAAAACUCAUGUAUUAUUUGAGCUGUUGUUUAAAUCAUCAUUUUUAUGGUCGUUUUAGGGUUUACGGUGUUAUGUCGUCAUGGCAACGAAGUUGUAAAAUUGGAUAUAACUUUACACAGGUUAUUAAGUGAUUUUAUCACAUAAAAUCUUGUUUACAUGCACAUGGUAUACGUCUUGUGGCUAUACUUUUGAAACAGUGAGUAUUUUAACGUUUACAGAUUGGCCCCCAUUCACUUCCAUUGUAAGUGCCUCACUGUAACUUGUUUUACAGAAAAGGAGGGACGAGUCGAAAUUCAUUUUUGUGGUAAUCAACAUUAUGCCACACAUGCUGUCAAUUGAGCUUAACUUGUACUGAACCCGGAAUAUCCCUUUAAUUCUUCCAUACAAAAAAAUAAAAGUGUUAUUUGUGCUGUAAAGUUGUCUAAAUCAUCCUUUUAGCUGAGAGACUACUUUUCUAGGUGGAAGAAUUUCUGACUGUAAGUCACUGAGAUAAGUGGGUGUAUUUUUCUCUGUGUAAAUCUUACUGGUAUCUUUGCAGAAGUUACCGGCUUUACAUUUUCAUGACAGGAGUUGAUCAGAAAUAACUUUACAUAGACAAGGUUAGUGUGUGAUUUUAUCACACUACUCUUAUAUUAACUAGGGCUGGUUAGAAAUAUAGAUUUUCCGAUUAAUCGCGAGUCCCAAGAUCAGUCUUUUACUUUUUUCCUCUAUUUUACUUUAGUUUUGGUUGUGAUUAUUAUAUCUGGUAAAUAAAUAGCAAUUGAACUGCAUAGUUUGGGCCCUGUUUUUUUUAAAUUGCUAUAUCGUAAUGUACCACGAUUCCCUGUAUAAUGAUGAUCAUUUUGGGAAUCGGGAAAUCUGUACGGAUACCCGGCACUAAUAUUAACUUGUAUAAUGUUUGCAUCUUGUGGCUAUCUUUUCUAAGCAGCGGAUAUUUUAAUGGUUAUUCCAGUUUAAUGCCUUGCCCCAUAGACUUUCAUUGUAGCGCAUUACUGUACACACAUUUAUUUAAUUAUUUUUUACAAACUGAGGGAUGAGAUGAAACUCUGUGAUAACCAACAAAAUGCCAUAAAUGCUGCUGAUAGAGUUUAACUCAUGAACAUCCUUUUAAUUAUCCUACAUAGGCUCUAUAAAAGGGCAUUGACACUGUGCUAUAUUCUUAUGUAGCCUGUUUUUUAUUCUUAUUUUGUGUAGCUCACUCAAUGAAUUACUGAAAUAAAGGCACAUAAUACAUUUUUAUUGUGCUUCAUUGCACUGCUGAAGCCGACAUAAAAGGAACAUGUUGAUUAAAUCGUCAUUGGAAAUGAUUUUUCACCGUUUGACCAUUUCCAUGUCACUUUGUAGCAAACCUUUAAACUGAGUCUGUUUCAUGUUGUUGUUGUUUUUAAUUCUUCACAAGAAAUAUUGUAUAAAGCUGAGGAUGACCUUGCCUGUGAAGUUAAUUAACAUAUUUGUCAAUCUAUUAUAAUAAAUCACAUGCACGCACCCACAAAGCAAAUUUACUUUAGAUGGAAGUGAAACUAGAUAUUUGUAGAAAUGUUACUGUUCAAGUUCAAAAUGCUGGAACUGUGUUCAGAAAGAAACUUGUUACAUUCUCUUACCUGACUUUGUUGUUGGGUCUAGUUUUGAUUUAACUCAGUUAUUCUGUCGAUUAUCAUCCUUCUACAAUGUAUUAUUUAGGUGGCACCUCAUGCAUUUUAAUGUAUUUUCCCUUGUAAGUACUUCACUUGAAGUACCCAUAACAUGGCUUGGCAAACCUUACUUUCCUUUGUUUACGUAUUUCCUAUUGAAACUUGACAAUUUCAGGCAGGAUAUUUCAAAGGGCUUAUUACUUUUUUUUUUUUUUGUAUUAUUAUUAUCAAAGAUUUUAGUUUACAUCACAGCCGUGCACCAUGAUAUGUUUCUACUUGCUAUUUAUAACACCAUGUAACACAAUUUUUGUUCGUGGGUAGUAAGUGUUAUUUCCUAAUUGCUUAUGCCUUAAAAGUAUAAAAAAUGGCCAUUAUUCCCCACAAACUUUGCAUUUGUGACCAGGACAGUGAUAUUUUGAAAUGUACCUAUUUCCAGUGAGAAAACGGGCGAAUUUGUGUCUUUCUGUUCUCAUGAAGUCAGAAAAAAACAACAUAUGAAUCCAAAAUCCUUCUUUAUCUGUGGUCCGACGAAGACACCGGCUUUGACCUUUUCCUCAGACAGCUUAGGGAAGAAGUCUUGAAGGUACUUGAAGGCUGCCGACUCCUUAUCUAGAGCUCUGACAAAUUGUUUCAUAAGGCCCAAUUUGAUGUGCAGUGGUGGCGUCAGCACCUUCCGGGGGUCCACCAGUGGCUCCCACUUGACGUUGUUCCUCCCCACAGAGAACUCGGUCCGCUGUGGCCAGUCCCACCUGUGGUCGUGCGG